UCAUUGAUCCAUUGAAACUUUAAUUGCUCACACUUCUCUCUCUCGUUCACUCACACGCGGACACAUAUACACCUGAGAGGAUUUCCCAACUGAGAGCCAGCGUAUCCAAAUUCUACGCUCACCUAUAUCCACCGUGUGCUGCUGUGGCCCCUGCCCCGCGUGGCCCCUCCCUUCCCGGGGAGAAUCAUCAGAUUAGAUGGGUUAUCUCCGAGCAGCGGAGAUAAAUGCAGCGGGAGCCGCACCGGGAGAUCCCUUCUUCCCAUCAUUUAACGCGUGACCGACCUGAGCUGGGCACCACCUUCUGUUAUCAGCUGCAGCCUGACUUUGAAUCGCGAUUUCUUUCUUUUAUUUAUUUAUAUAUUUAUUUCCCCUUGUAUAUGCUGAGAGGCGACCGUCUCAGAGCCAGACCCGUGGGUGGCUGCGGGUGCACCCGUCUGCGCGAGCUCGUACAGGAUUUGGCACCAACUGCUUCAUCCCCAAAAACAAACCGAAUCCCCCAAGAUGUGGAGAUGAAGACUGAGGUGUAGAAAAAAAAUUCAUGUGGCUCCUGAUUUCAGGGAAAAACCGAGGGAUUUUUCUCACCGCCAUUCGUCUCCUGCUUCACCUAUAAUAACCAGUUGAUAUUUUUGUUUGGGUGGGAAGAAAGUGUGGUAAAAGUGCGGGGUGCGUGCACCGGUGAGCCCCCCGGGUUAGGUCCAGCACUCAGACUGAAUGAGUCCAUCUCUGGCUGUUGGACAGACUCCCCAAAAGCGCUGGACAUUUCUGCAAAUCAACCCCCCCUUCCCCUCAGCCUCUCUGCCGCCGGCAUCCCACCCGCACGGAGAGUGGAUUCGGACAGCGGGGGACCAGUGACUCCACAGGCAGGGAAAAGAUGCCAUUCCACCAUGUGCGGGCGGGCCUGCUGUAUCCAGACAACUACCUGAGCAGCUCCUUGACAGAGGGCAGCGAAGCCUUCCAGCUCACCAGCCUCUCCACGGAGGAGCUCGGAGAGAUACGCGAGGCAUUUCGUGUCCUGGAUCGCGAUGGGAACGGUUUCAUCUCCAAACAGGAGCUGGGCAUGGCCAUGCGCUCUCUGGGUUACAUGCCCAGUGAAGUGGAGCUGGCCAUCAUCAUGCAGAGACUGGACAUGGAUGGGGACGGCCAGGUGGACUUUGAGGAGUUCAUGACGAUACUGGGGCCUAAGCUGCUGUCAUCUGACAACAGAGAAGGAUUCCUGGGCAACACCAUUGACAACAUCUUCUGGCAGUUUGACAUGCAGCAGCUGUCUCUGGAUGAGCUCAAGCAGGUGCUGUUCCACGCCUUCCGAGACCACCUGACAAUGAAGGACAUAGAGAACAUCAUCAUCACCGAGGAGGAGAGCCUCAACGAAACCUCAGGGAACUGUCCCGAGUAUGAGGGAGUCCACCCCAAGAAGAAGAAUCGGCAGACGUGUGUCAGGAAAAGCCUGAUCUGCGCCUUCGCCAUGGCUUUCAUCAUCAGUGUCAUGCUGAUCGCAGCCAAUCAGAUGCUACGAAACGGCAUGGAGUAAAAGCCAAUUGCACUGUGAGCAUGGAGAGAGGACAGAACAGCCAUGACCUCACAUUUCGUCUCUGCAGCCAAAGCUGGACCAGCCACAACCCGAGCACUUCUCUAAACAAUCAGCUGAGUUUUCUGUUUUUCUUUUCCCCUUUUAUUUGAAGUUACCUUACAAAACUGAUACUAUGGGUGAAACGUGAGGAUGUGCAAUUAUUUUUCAAUAAGAAUAUCACCAGGUCGAGUCACUAAACUUGCAGGUCAUAAGAACCUGGACUGCAAAAGAAUGAUUGCUUAUAUAAGCCGUGACAAGAAAAAAAUUUGGAUGGUUUUAUUAUGCUAUUUUUGAGAACAAAACCACCCUUUAACCUGGAUUUUCUCAUUACUGGAAAUGUUUAUGAGGUGCUUUGAGCCAUUUUUGUUUUUCAAAAAAACCCUCAUUAUUACAGAAAAUGCAAAUUAUCCCUCCGGAAGCUGCACUGAAUGUGAACUGAGUGAAUGUGAGCAUUGAACUUUGGCCUCAAUGACGUUCUCACAACUCUUGUAGCCAACUUCUCGUGAAGCAUUUUCCAUCCAGAGCUAAGUCCGCUCAUUUGGGCACACAUGAAAUUUUCAUAUGUAUCUAGAGGAAGCACAACUCAAUACUCAGCGAGGGACCACUGACGAAUCCCUGGUGUCCUGCGAUCAACACACUUCAGUGUUGACUGCCGGUUGUGUCACAUUUGUGUGUAAAAGACACCGUUGUCCAUGUAUCUGAUUUGCUCAGGCUGCCUGCCAGGUGUAAAAUAUUAGAAUGUGAAAAAAGACCAGACGGAAACCCUUUUAUUGAUUUAUUCAUUUUCUGUUUUAUACGCUGGGGGAGAAGGCCUCUGCUUAGUAUCUCAUCGUAAAACUACCCACCUGUGGUCAAUAUCAACCACACAAAAGCAUGCCAAUAUAUACACUGCCAUCAACACCAGUUCCCUGUGGUUUUCUCUGUAUAUACAGUACUACUUAGCUUGUGUAAUGUAUUACUCCUCUCAACGACAGAAUGUACGAAAAGUAGAAACUAGUGAGAUAUAUCAGGGAUAUACAGAAGAGCUGUGACGCUGUUUUUCGGGGUCUACUUGGAAAAAGGUUUCCCUCUAGUGGUCAAAAAAAAGAACUGCAGCUACAAGUGCGAAAAAAUGAGGUACACUACUGAAUCUGAGCCUUGAUAAUGUGUUGUGUCAGUGUUGCAAAAUCUGUUUGUUCUGUAUCGGUGACGAGUCAAUAUCUUUAACUGCAAAAUCAAGACGUUUUUUUUGUUGGUUUUUUUUUUCACGAUCCAAAACUGUGUUGAUCAGGAUUCUGCAAGAUCACUUGCUGCAAAUCCUGGGGUACUCUGAGUGGCAUAGGUGCAUGUUAGGGUUCAGGCCUAAGAACAGUGCAAUUUUACAAAGGCUUUAAAAAGGGUUUAAAAAAAUUUGUUUCGGGGGGGGAAAAAUAAGCAUUUUUAGGAGUUUAAGUUCAAGGUGCCAGCCGAGGCUGCGUAUUUCCUUGACGCCUCAGAUUGAAUUUUAAGGACGAAGCUGUCCUUUAUGCAGGUGAUAAUGACACACCGUUGUUUCUCUGCUGACACUGCAAAUGUCUCACAAUUACAUCUGGAGUGGUUAUCUGAAAGUUAGUGGGGUUCCAAGCAAAUUCUCAAGCUUUGAGUCACUCAGACACACAAAAAGUAGACCAGGGGCAACAAGCAAUGUUUAAAUUACUUGUGAUAAUUGUGUGAAAAUAAAAUAUAGUUUAUCAUUCCCCUUUUAGCCAAACAGCCCAGUCCUCUGUAGAUGUAGCGUUGUGCCUGUUACUUAUACUGAAUGCCAUAAUACCAAUGUAUCUGAAAUCCUGAAGUGACAGCGGCCCCUUGAGAUAUCAUUGGACUGAAGACUGCUUUGUUUCCGUUAUGUAGGGAUUACUAAUUCUUAUUUUAUUUUUUUAUUAUUAUUAUUAUUAUUAUUAUUAUUAAUUUCCCCUUGUACUUUUGCCAGGGUGUGUGAAAAAACAAGACGAUGUUUUAAUCAAACUUAUGUGCGACCUCAAGAUUUGAUUGCCUUUGCAGGAGCAUUAAAAUAAAAGAUAACGGGGUUUUCGUUUUAAACAAAGAAAAAAAACUUUGUAAGAUCACAGCAAAAAUGUACAUUACUGUAAAUCGUUAUGCAUGUUGUUUUGAUUUGUAUGUCCUGGAAUGACAGGGAAUCCACUUAGCCUACUUUCCGUCUUCUGUGGUGGCACAGCCUCAGUUUAACUGUAAGUAUGUAUAGCCUACUGUCACAUAUUUGACUUUCCAAUUUAUACUAUAAUGGCCAUUUUUAUAGUUUCUACCAGCUAUUAAUCAAAUCAGAGAGCAGAAGAGGGCAUUUUCAUAAAUAUGCAAAUACAAGGUCACAUCUUCUCUGUUCCACGUCAUCUUGAAGUCUCACUGUUGGAUGGUUAAAAACACUGAAUCCGAUAUAUUGUGUGUUGUAGUCACGUAUAGGCUUUAAUGGAUAUCUCACUGCCUCAACGUCGUGUAAACCCUGGUGUAAAAUGUAUGAUACACGUCUCCUCGCACGUCAGUUCGUCUGCUCAGCCCGUGACCUUUGACCAGUGGACCACGUUUCCACUUUUGGCCCUUUUGAAACCAGCAGAUACUUCACCUGAACACAUCUCUAAUAACUGUGCCAUUCACACGUCCUUGCAUGUUUAUGUGAAGGAAAGACCUGUCCACUCUUUUAAAGUUUACAUUAUUCUACUGUACAUGUGUAACAGGACAGGAUCGCUUCAUGAUGUUCAUGUUUCUGAAAUUUGUUUUUACCAAAAUGUGUUUUUACCAGCUGUAGAUUGUAUAAAUAUGAAACUAAACAUAGAUACGUAAUACAAUCUUGGCAUGCUGCUUAGAAAAAGGAGUAAGAAAACAGCAAUAGUUACCAAGUGAAUGGAUAUUUAAAAUGCAAAGUUUAAUCUAAAACUAUAUAUAUAUCUAUAUAUGUU